CUCCCUUCGCCGGAGCGGCCACGUGGGCAGCAGGUCCCGCCGCCUGCCGGACGCACCAUGAGCGUGGGCUUCAUAGGAGCCGGGCAGCUCGCCUUCGCCCUGGCCCGGGGCUUCACCGCCGCAGGGAUUUUGGCUGCUCAUAAGAUCACAGCAAGUUCCCCAGACACUGACCUCCCAACUGUAUCUGGACUGAGGAAAAUAGGUGUAAACUUCACUAUAAGUAACAAGGAAACAGUUAAAAACAGCGAUGUCCUGUUCCUGGCCGUGAAACCUCCCAUCAUUCCCUUCAUUCUGGACGAGAUUGGCUCAGACAUAGAGAAUCGCCACAUCGUGGUCUCAUGUGCUGCUGGUGUCACUAUCAGCUCCAUUGAGAAGAAACUCUCUGCCUUCUCUCCCACCCCAAAAGUGAUCAGGUGCAUGACUAACACACCUGUGAUCGUGCGGGAAGGUGCUACCGUCUAUGCCACGGGGACUCACGCAGAGGUGGAAGAUGGGAAGCUCCUGGAACAGCUGAUGGCCAGUGUGGGCUUCUGCACUGAAGUAGAAGAGGACCUAAUAGAUGCUGUUACAGGGCUCAGCGGCAGCGGCCCUGCUUAUGCAUUCACAGCCCUGGAUGCUCUGGCAGAUGGAGGUGUGAAGAUGGGGCUUCCCCGCAGGCUAGCUGUCCGACUUGGAGCCCAGGCCUUACUGGGCGCUGCCAAAAUGCUGUUGGAAUCUGAGCAGCAUCCUGGGCAGCUGAAGGACAAUGUCUGCUCACCUGGGGGAGCCACCAUCCAUGCCCUGCACUUCCUGGAGAGUGGAGGCUUUCGCUCACUGCUCAUCAAUGCCGUGGAGGCUUCCUGCAUUCGCACAAGGGAGCUGCAGCACCUAGCGGAUCAGGAGAAGGUCUCCCCAGCUGCCAUUAAGAAGACCCUUCUGGAUAAGGUGAAGCUGGAGUCUCCCUCUGUUUCCAUGGCCUCUGCCAGCAAAGUCAGUCUGUUCAGCAGCAGCUGGGCACCCAACAGCAAGAAGAACUGAAGGGAUGAGGCUCGUCCAGGCACCAGCCCCCUUGCAUGCACUUUCUUCUCACUCUGUAAAGGAAAAGCUCUAGUCGUAGGCGUUCCCAGCCCCUUGCCUGGCUCUUGGCCUGCAGCAACUUUGGGGGCGGUGCAAAGCUGUAGAGAAGGGACCUUAACUUCCAGCUGAGGGUGGGAACACUGUCACUAGCACUUCCUUCCCUUUGGGGGAGGGCGGUUGCUCCAUCACUGGCACAGCUGGUUGUCAGGGACACAAAGCGUCUCCUCUGGCCAGAGGGCUAGCUUCUC